GGGCCAAGAGUGCUCUGAGCCUGGGCGCUGUGAUUGGGAGAGGCGGAGGGAGCCGGGCCGAGCCGGGUGUGCGCCGCACGAAAAUGCACUCGGAUGCCGCGGCUGUCAAUUUUCAGCUGAAUUCUCAUCUGUCAACACUGGCAAAUAUUCACAAGAUUUACCACACUCUGAAUAAGCUGAAUCUGACAGAAGACGUUGGUCAAGACGAUCACCAGACAGGAAGUCUUCGAUCUUGCAGUUCAUCAGACUGCUUUAGUAAAGUGAUGCCUCCAAGGAAAAAGAGGAGACCUGCAGCAGGAGAUGAUUUAUCUGCUAAGAAAAGUAGACAUGAUGGCAUGUAUAGAAAAUAUGAUUCAACUAGAAUAAAAGCAGAGGAAGAAGUCUUUUCAAGUAAGAGGUGCCUAGAAUGGUUCUAUGAAUAUGCAGGAACUGAUGAUGUUGUGGGUCCUGAGGGCAUGGAGAAAUUUUGUGAAGACAUUGGAGUUGAACCAGAAAAUGUAGUUAUGCUUGUGUUAGCUUGGAAAUUGGACGCACAAAACAUGGGUUACUUUACGUUGCAAGAAUGGUUAAAAGGAAUGACAUCACUGCAAUGUGAUACAACAGAAAAACUAAGGAAUUCCUUGGAUUACUUAAGAACUUUAUUAAAUGAGCCAACAAAUUUUAAACUUAUUUAUAGAUAUGCAUUUGACUUUGCACGGGAGAAGGACCAGCGCAGCCUAGACAUAAAUACUGCCAAGUGCAUGUUGGGGCUUCUGUUAGGAAAAACAUGGCCUCUUUUUCCAGUAUUCCAUCAGUUCCUAGAGCAAUCAAAAUACAAAGUUAUCAACAAGGACCAAUGGUGCAAUGUUCUAGAAUUCAGCAGAACAAUUAACCUUGACCUCAGUAAUUAUGAUGAAGAUGGAGCCUGGCCAGUGUUGUUGGAUGAAUUUGUGGAGUGGUAUAAAGGAAAACAGAUGACAUAGGAAUUUAACUAUGCAGAGCUGCUCAAGAGUCACUGUUACCACAGUUAUGUCAACCAUUAGCCAUAAACUGCUGUUUGUAUCAAAGUGCAUGCUGCUUUUCUUGCACUGUAUCCCUUUUGCAGGGAACUUUCGGUGUUUGCUAUUUAACAGGCCAGCUCUGCUUGCUGUGUAGCAUUGUUCUCUUUGAAAGCUGCUUUGCAUUUUGUAUUUACACUACAAAUUGGUGAACUUGCCAGCGUCCUCACUGUGAUUAUGUGUAUAUUGCUGUCUAAAUUUUGUAUAUGUGUAUAAAAAUGCUUCACCUAGGGAUUAUUUCUGCAGAAAUGUAUUGUAAAAAUAAUUUUGUGGCAUAUUUCUAGUCACCUUCAAUGAAUAUGUAACUUUUAUUUUAUCUUUUUUUUCUUUUGGUCUCAAAUGUAGCAUUUCAGAAAAGACAUACAAAAAACUAAAACUCUUGGUUCCAAAAUUAUACCUUUUAUUAGACCUCCUGGAAAAUGGCAAGAAAAUUGUCCUUUUCUGCAAGCUUUCGGUAUCAAAGUCCCUUCGUCAGGCUCUGGGAAAAGUAUAGAUGGUACAAGAUGGUAAAAAGUCCCCAUAGGUAGGAAAUAAACUUCAUUUUUGCACGGAGGGAGCUGAAGAUGGAAGGCUUGUCCCUCUGGGUCCAUGAGAGUGUCUUUGUGAGCUGUGUUGAGUAGCUCUUUGAUGUGUUGAUCAGGUAGAAUUCCUUCCCUGAAGGUGUCAGAUGGGAGGCAGGGAGGUAAAAAAAACUUCCUUGUAGUUCUGCAGUGAAGUUUAAAAUCCAAAAUCGGCUGAAAUUUGGCAUCUUCUAUGUUUCAGGGGUGUACUUGGUAGCCGUGUUGGUCUGAGACAAAAAGACAUACAAAAAACUAGAACUCUUGGUUCCAAAAUGAUACCUUUUAUUAGACCAACUGGAAAAUGGCAAGAAAAUUGUCCUUUUCUGUAAGCUUUUGGGAUCAAAAUCCCUUCGUCAGGCUCUGGGAAAAGUGUAGAUGGUACAAGAUGGUAAAAAGUCCCCAUAGGUAGGAAAUAAACUUCAUUUUUACACAGAGAGAGCUGAAGAUGGAAGUCUGUCCCUCUGGGUCCAUGAGAGUGUCUUUGUGAGCUGUGUUGAGUAGCUCUUUGAUGUGUUGAUCAGGUAGAAUUCAGAAAAAAAAUGUACAGACUGUUUGGACAUAAUUACCAUGAGGAACUAUUGCAAGUUUUAAUGUUACUGUUUAAGAUGCCAGUCUCUGAGAGAAGCUUUAUUAAAACUUACUUUGCAGGUACAUGCCAAACAUCACUUUUCUUCAGUAAAGGAGAAGUAUUGGUGUCUUUUAAAAAUUAUGAUUAAAACUGUAAUAGUUGUACAUGCCAGAGAUAAUUUCCACUUGGCGAAGAAAGUAUGGGGUUUUUAAUGUUAAAACUGCAGUAGUUUGAUUCUAGUAGGUACAAGUGAGCAAAUUAAAGUACCUUUGAAAAAUGGGUUUUAGACUUUUGUAAAUUGCCUUUGGCAUAUUUCUUUUGUUUUGAUUUUACCAAGGUUGUUUGGACUGUGUUGCCAUAAAGAGAAAUUUAAACUUUUAUUUAAAAUUAGUGGUGGGGGAGUUAAGACCUAUAAUCCCUAACCAACAGUUAACCUAGGUUUGGAUUUUUGUUUGUAACUUCAGUUAGUCUUUCCCAUGCUAUAAAUUCCUGUGACUGAGUAAUUAAAAAUUACACUAAAUAAUAAAAAGUUACUACUUUUUUCAUGCUGGGUUUGGAUUUUCCUGGCAGAAUGUCCGUUGCAGGCAAUGGGCACAUUAAACACCAGCAUUUAAGAGUUAACAAUGUAAUUCCUUUUUUUAAGAGCCCCUUCCUUUUUCACUCAUUUGAUUAUUUACAUAAGAAGGUGAUAGCCAUUGCUUUGGGGAAAUGAGUGAGUGGAGUGGUGUCUUAAGUUCUCUACUUUUAUCAUGUUGUCUUUGCCUUACCUUUCUUCGUAAAGUAAUGUCAAUGUUGAUUUAAAAAACAGAUUGUUGAAGUAUCUGGUGCUAUUAAAUGUUGGCCCAUAAGGAUCAGUUAAAAUAUCCCAAACUUUCAGUUGUACUAAAGGUCCAGUUCUGCUGUUAUUGAAAUCACUGACAAAACUCCUGACUCUGUCAAUGAUAGAACUUUGGGAUGAAGCCUAAUUAAUCAAAAGCACGCCAAGCUGCUCUGCUGGACCAGAAAGUCUAAGGUCUUUUGCUACUUGUAAUUGGUUUGUGUUUAAAACUGUUUUUUCCAAAUUCAACCACCAAAGACAAAAGUCAUGUAUAUAUUUAAAAGUAUAUGUGCAUAUACAAAAUCUAAAAUCACAUCAUGGUAAAAUGAAAAUACUGCCUUUUCCCACCAAAGUCAUAUUUAGGUUGCCAUGGGAUAAAAGCGAAUAGGACUCUCAAAGGUUUCAUAAUGACAAAGCAUACAUAAUUGUUACUUGUUUGUAUGCAAACACAUAAUAUGAAUUCCAUAUUUGAUGCUAGUUUGCACUUGAUGAUAAUUAAAUGGAGUAUGGUAUUUGUUUACAAUAAGCCUCUUAUUAAAACACCUGCUUUUAAUAAGAUUUCUAAUGUAAAUGUGUAUGUUACUACAGGUGUAGCCAUAGAGAAAACAUCUGUGGAGCUACUGGUUUAGGUCUCUAAAAAUAACUUGGAAAAUUAGGCUGUAUCAUGGUUGCUAGAAACUUAAGUGAAUUACUGUAAGUGUUCAUAAAUACUAAGCUAGUUACAAUUUCAGGCAAGCUUUUAGCAAGGGUGGUAUAGUUAAUGCUAAAAUACAAGAUUUGUUACAGAAAAAGUUUUGUAUGUUGCAAAUAACCUGGCUUCCAAUAAUGGAGGGAAGAGCCAAAGAAACUUUCAAUAAUGCGACAGAUAUCUGGCAAAACAGGGUCAACAGAAAUCUGUGUGUUUAAAUCACCCUGCUGUUCUUUUGCAGAUUGUACUGUUUAACAGAAUCUAAAAUUUAAUUUAAAAACUAUUCAUAUGGAGGGGGAGCAAGGAGGGGGGAAUUGGUUUAAAUAUGAACCAUAUUAAUGAUGACUAGAAUUACCUAUCCUUUCUGUUGAAUAGAUGAAAUUGUAUUUUUGGUCCUCAGCAAGUUUCUAAUAUGCAGGUGUCAUAAAGCAAACCGCUAACAUACUUGCAGAUAAUUCGCACCUUUAUUGGCACUUACAUUGUAGAAACCCAAAGCUGAAUGACUUGACACUGAAUGGAAUUUCCCAGCUUGCCAUUCUGCUGCCUUUCCUGUAGUUGGUCUGUGGAUAAACAGAGGACUUCAAGGCUGAAUGUAUCUUAGAGGAACAACUUUUUACGUUUAAAUUACAACUUUUUAAAAUUGUUCACUUUGCCUUCUAUUAAGUACAUAGUUUCCUCUAAGAAAAAAUAGCACUUUGUCAUAUCCCUUGUUUUUUAAUAGAAAAUGCAGAAAAUGUACCAAUUUUUUGGCCAAAAGUUAAAUCAAAGACACAGAAUAGUCAGGAACAUAUCUUAAAUUCUUUGCACAUACUUCUGGUGUAAAAUACUUGUCCCUAUAGUGAAGAUGUAAUGACCUAUGUGUAACUGUGGCAAGUAAAGAGAGGAAAUUAGUGUUCUGGUACUAUAUUGAUUCGUAUCACAAAAAUAUUUAAGUUUGAUUAAUGAUAGGCAUUGUUAAAGUUCCUUAUUUAACAGAUUAAGAAUAAAGAAUGUUAGUUUCAGGAGAACACUGUUAGGUUAUAGUUAUACCAAAUUCUUUCUGCUGCCAAAUAGAGUAGAACAAUCCUAUACUAAUAGAUGGGGAUGUGCUGUUUAUUCCUCAGUAUUACCUUUAUUGUCUAUUUUAAAACAAGUCUAUUCCAAAUGAAAAUACAGUGUAAGCAAUGAGAAUUGAUUAAGAAUAAGUUUUUGUAGCAGCUCCCAUUGUGAGUCUAAACAAUUAACCACAGAUUUGUACUAUUGUAUCACAAACUCAAGUGUUUCAUUAUUUUCUCAAAAAUGCUAAUGCACAAUCAAAUGGGGCUGCUGAUUUAAUGUUCUCCAGGCAUAUUUUGGAUGGGAUGGAGGUGUAUCUUAGUUUUGCUGGGGCUUUUACAGAUUUCUGUUGACCUUUGGUCACAAAUUUAACACAUUUAUUUCAUGAGUAUUUUAAGAAACUUAAGUAUGAGAACUUUAAAGGUUAGCUUGUGCCCCUGAUUUAAUAUACCUGCUAGAAAUACCUCUUAUAAGCCUUAUAUUUUAUCCUUUCAUAUUGUUGUAUAAGUGUAUAGAAUUCAUUUACCAACACAACCAUUGGUUGUCUAAUUCAGAUCAAAAUUUGAAUUGGGGUGUUGUGUGUGGAGGGGAGGGGGUUGUGCGUGUGUUGUUGCAAAAUAGUUUUUACUGACACUGCUGUUACGGGGACAACAGUUAACCUACAACUGUGAAUGCUUUUAUGUCUUAGGUAUUUGCAUAUUACAUACAUGUGGCGUGCUACAGUCCUGUGACUCACAGUCUGACUAAAGUACUGUUAUGCCACUUAACCUGAGUUCAGCUCAUUGGUUUUUUAGGUUAUGUUGGAGUUAAUGCAUCCCACAAAUAAACAGUAUUUGUGUUGGUUUCAGAA